AUGGGGUUCGCUCUGAAACCUCCCGCCUCCGCCAGCAGGGCCACCUCGGCCUCGCUUCUAUCCUCUAUUGCUGUUGCCGCUCUGGCGUACGCGGCUCGGGCUGCAGCUGCGCAUCAUCAAGGAGCCGCGGUAGGACAAGACGUCCUACUUCCCCCCACAAUCAUCAUUCCGCCGGUCCCGGAACCGCCGCAACCGGCAGACCACACCUUUACUCUCCGCCAUAUUUAUCAUCACGGCACCGACCGGCAUCCCCGACUACACCGACGCCUCGACAUUGAGCAGCCUUCGUCCUCGCGUGUCUUUCUCGCUGCCGAGGAGGGCCACGGUGAACAUGAGCUGCCGCAUCUCAAAGCCAGAAGCCGCGCGACAAAGAUUCAGCGCCUCGUCGAUCGCCGUCCCAGCACGGUAGAUCCUCUCGUUGCUCGUGCUCGUCAGCAAGGCCUCGUCGCCGUUCUCGAUGCGUCGGCUUGGGCCAUCCAGGACGUCCCCUCGCCGGAAAUCACCGACAAGGGGACAGUUCUCAGCUUGGCCUACAUGUCGGCCGACGCCUACGUCGAAUUGGGCUCGAGUCCCGACUGGCUCGAGGUCGGCGAUCCCUUUGAUCCAAGCGCCGACUUCGGCUGGCAGAGCGAUGGAUUGCGGGGCCACAUCUGGGCUGACGACGAUAAUUCCACCGUAGUCAUCGGGCUCAAGGGGACGUCCCCGGCUGUCUUUGACGGCGACGGCACAACAACAAACGACAAGGUUAACGAUAAUUUGUUCUUUAGCUGUUGCUGCGCCCAGCAAGGGCAGUGGACUUGGCAUCAGGUUUGCGACUGUGCCACAGGGACGUACUCGUGCAACAACACCUGCGUCACCGAAGCGUUGAGGGAGGAGAAUCGAUAUUACGGUGCUGCCCGAGAGCUGUACUCAAACGUGACCGAACGGUAUCCCGACUCCACCAUCUGGGUGGUCGGGCACUCGCUGGGUGGCGCUGUCAGCUCCUUGCUGGGCCUUACGUACGGCCUGCCAGUGGUGACCUUUGAGGCUGUUCCGGAAGCUCUUGCCGCCACCCGCCUGGGUCUACCCAUCCCUCCCGGGUCUGAUGCCCAGGCCCCUCAGACGAGAGAGAACACUGGCGCUUUCCACUUUGGCCACACGGCUGACCCCAUCUACAUCGGUUCCUGCAACGGCGCCACCGCGUCUUGUUCCUUUGCCGGCUAUGCUCUAGAGACGUCGUGCCACACGGGCCGCGAAUGUGUCUACGAUGUCGUUGCUGACAAGGGCUGGCGUGUGGGAAUCGGGACGCACAAAAUCCGGGCCGUCAUAGCCGACGUCAUACUCAAAUAUGACCAGGUGCCCGAGUGUAUGGCGACGCCGGAAUGCCGCGACUGCGCGCUAUGGAAGAUGUACGAGAGCAACGGCACGGACACGACAACGACGUCAGCAUCGUCAACAUCGACUCGUACACGAACACGCACCACGACCUGCGAAACCCCAGGCUGGUGGGGCUGCCUCGACCCGACGACGACGACGACGACGACGACGACAGCUGUUUCCGCCACCUCUACCGACUCUCUCCCCACCACCACUUCCACGUCGGUUUCCACGACUUGUCACACACCGGGCUGGUUUGGGUGCAAAGACAAGACGACCACGGCCGCUGAAUCAACAUCAACUACGAGCUGGAGCAGCCUGCCGACGGCAACCACCACCUCCAGCAAGCGUCGGACGGCCUACGCUCACAAGCACCCCUACUUCGACGGCUUCGACGGCUUCGACGGCUUCGACGGCUUCGACGGCGCCGACGGCGCCUCCCACGACGGUUCCGUCGAGGGGCAAAUGUCUGCAACGCAACUGGAUCGGGCUGUGCAAAGGGUGGGAAGGCGAUGA